CUGAGGGAUUUGUUCAGUGCGGCUGCUUCAGACUCUCUCUUCCCCCACAACCCUGUCCCCCUGUCUUUGAAAUCAGCUCUGGGGCUGUAGCCAUUCAUGAAUAAGCAGAGCAGAGGGGUUGUUAUGAAGCUCCAGUAAGGCUUCUGUGUUUCCCAGUGGGUGAGUCUGCCUUCAGACAUGUCACACAGUGCCUGGUACACACACACUCUCAGUGCACAAGCGCGGUGCCACUUCAGCUUAUCUCUCUCCUCCCUCACCAUCUCAUUACAAUUUUGUUUCCCACCCAGUCCCCUCCUCUUGCUCCCCCUCCAACGUCAAAUUUCCAUUCCACCCUUCUGCUUUUCAAUUACCAAACAAGCUUUCUGGAGCCAGACCCUGUAAAAUGAGUGGCCACCCACUGGGCCCCGUUAUGGAUUGACAAUGCCAAUAGAGCCCAGGCGAUUCUGCAAAUCGGAAUAACGGAUCCUCCAGAGGCUGUCUGCUCGUGCCCAUCAAUGAGUUUACAUGUGCAAGUGGAACAGUAAAAACAAGUUAUUGGAUCACAGUCAGGAAUGUGAUAUCAGCGCCACCCUUCAACUGAAUUUCCUCAGAAACCUGAAGGUGCUGGAUAAAAGAUUCAAACACAAGUGUAAAUACAGUAGAACUCAGAUGGAACGUUUUCCCAGACUUGAUGCUGUUUUGAAGCGGUCCCCUGGAAAAUGUAAAAUUUGUUUCAACAAUGAAAUCUGCCAUAGAGGUUAUUAUUCGCAAACUACCAAAAUGAAGGGCAAACAAGGAUGGAAAGCAAUAGCUUUUUUCUUCGUUGUAAUGUUCUGUUUUGGAAUGUGCUGGUUUCUACAUAUGGAAUAUUACAUGCAAAGGUCAUAUCCAAGUGUUCACAAAAUCUGUAUUCCUGGUGAUGCAGCAUCCAAGGCAGAGAUCCUGAUUAGCAAUUACUCGAGGGAUCAUCCUGUCUUCCUACAACUGAGUGAUUAUUUUUGGGUUAAAAAUCAAUCUAUAUAUCGACUGCCUUAUGGCACCAAUGGAAGUGAGGAACUGCUGAUGAAAUUUCUGGCUCUCACAAAUCGCUACCAUGUACCAGAGGAGAUCAAACGGCUGCCAUGCCGGAGGUGUGUGGUUGUUGGUAAUGGGCACCAUCUAAAAAACAGUUCGUUGGGAGAAACUAUCAAUAAAUAUGAUGUUGUGAUCAGGCUUAACAAUGCUCCAGUCCAUAAAUAUGAAAAAGACGUAGGCAGUAAGACAACAAUGCGCCUUUUUUACCCAGAGUCUGCUGAUUUCGAUCCUCAGUUAGAUAAUAACCCAGACACUCUGUUGGUGCUAGUACCAUUCAAGCAAUUGGACAUCCAGUGGAUGAAGAUCAUCUUAAACAAUGAGAAAAGGGUUCGUAAAGGUUUUUGGAAAAUGCCUCCCAUCAUUUGGGAGGUAGAGCCUGAAAACAUCCGCAUCUUAAACCCAUAUUACAUGGCAGUUACUGCUACACAGAUUCUUAAAUCUAAAAAAAUGACACCGAAACCCACAACAGGAAUGCUGGCCAUCACAUUCGCUCUUCACUUCUGUGACACAGUUCACAUAGCCGGUUUUGGGUACCCUGCUCUCACCAAUAAAAAGCAACCCAUCCACUACUAUGAGAAGGUGACCCUGAAGUCCAUGGCUGUGUCUGGGCAUAACAUUACCCUAGAAGCUCAAGCAAUAAAAAGUCUUCUUCAGCAAAGGAUUAUUUCCAAUUUGACUUACUUCUGAAUGUGUUCAUCUCGCACUUUGGAAACUGUAAAGCUAUGGCAAUACCUACUAGAAACACACAAGAUGGAUUCUGUAAUGCCAUGAAGUAAAUGAAGACAUAAUGAAUGUCCCCAGUGGAUAUGUUUUUAAUCAUUGUGGACCAAAUGAAGACAAAGUAUAUUAGACAGAAUGCAGAAGGUUUUCUAAACACUUUUCUUGGACUUUUUGUUUUUUAACUCAACAGACAUUUUGUAAAAAAAAAAAGAAAAGAAAAAAAAUGAACAAUUUAAUAUUUAUUUGGAAAUGUAUGCACUGGUACUGUCAAUACCAACAAUACGUGAAGAACACUUGUUAAGAACAGAAGAUCAACAUAUAUGAAAAACUAAAGUACUUAUUAAUGACCUGAUUCCAAGUUUAUUGCACAUUUAUUAUUUAAUUUGUUUUAAUCAUUAUUAUUAUAAUUAUAGAAGAUUGAAUGUUUGGCUCCUGUUUGGCCUGUACAAAAUGCAAAAGAAUGAGUCCCGGGAUUGAGGUUCCCCCAAAGCCAGACAGAGAAUUCUGUAAAAGAAAAGAAAAAACAAUUUAAAAAUAAUGAAACAAAAUAACUUUUAAGAGUAUUAAAUAAGGGGCGGGCCUCCUUUUUUUAAUGUGCCAUUUCCUUCUGUGUAUGAUGUUGUUAAAAUCCAGAAAAUUACCCAUAUUAAGAAUAAAAUGGGUGAUAAAUAA